GAAAGCACUAGCAGCUUUGCUUAGUGGCAGUUCCGAUAACUAAGAGCAGCCUUGUGACUGAAACCUACCCCAUCAGUCUCGCCGCAAACUCUUUCCCCUGUCUUACCUCCAUGAAUCGAUGAUACUUAGUCGGCACUCCCUCGCAGGAUGUACAGUUGUGCUUUAUUACCCCAGUAGUCCCGAUCAACGUUUCUUGUCAUUUGACUCAUCUUACUGGGUACAGCCUUGCUUGAGCAAACGAAACUAUGGAGUCAAUCCCGGGUUACUCAGCCUCCGCCGGCAGACCGCGAUCUUCCGAUAACGCUUCCACCAGGAACGAAGCCGCAUCGAGACCCGAAACAUCUACCUCACCUACGACGGAAUCAAUGGAGGACAAUGAGACUGUCUUUCUCAAUAAGCCUUCGUCCAGUGAAGGCAACAUCUCCGGUGCAUCUCCGAUUCAGAGUUCCAACCCCGUCAAUACAUCAAAUGACGAUGAGCCGCGGAAAUGUUGGAUUUGCUACACGGAUGAAACCGAGGAAUCCCCCCUUAAUACAGAAUGGCGCUCCCCUUGUCCAUGCGCCUUGACGGCCCACGAAGCCUGCCUACUGGAUUGGCUCGCCGACCUAGAAAACCCCCGAUCCCGGAAACGAAAUGGCCGCAACGCGAAGAUGAUGUGCCCCCAGUGUAAAUCCGAGAUUGUCGUCUCGCGCCCACGCAGCUAUAUUGUUGACACGGUCCGGAUGUUGGAGCGGGUUGCUGGCCGGCUGGUUCUUCCCGGUAUGGUGUUCACGCUCGCGGGCACGGUCUGGGCUGGAUGCUGUGCGCACGGCGUGUAUUCGAUGUAUUUUGUUUUCGGUCCGGAGGAUGCCCGACAGCUCCUGGAAGAAAGCGCAGAUGGAUCAUGGAACUCAGGUCUCAAUCUUGGGCUCCCGCUCAUCCCAUUGGUGUUGAUCUUCUCGCGAACUCGUUAUGCGGAAGGCCUGCUCCCAGCUAUCCCAGUUUUAUUCUUCGCCACACAUAAUCCCGGUCAUGAUCCCGAUUUCGAUCUUUGGCCACCUAGCGCCGCGAUGACGUUUGCGGCUCUUCCAUAUGUCAAAAGUUUCUACAGCACCAUUUACGAAAGGCUAUUCGGCAAGUUGGAAAGGAAGUGGAUCGCGGAGGUGCAGCCCCGGCAAUCAGAUGUCAACGAGUUCGACGACAAUGCGCCUCCCGAACACCCGGAGGCCGACCCGCCUAGGGACGAUGGAAAUGGCCAUAUCCUCAUGGAAAUUGAUCUGGAACUACAAGUGGGAAUGGGCGACAACAAUGGGGCCGGUGGUCAAGGCCAAAACCAGGGCGCUGCUCAGAAUGGCCAGAUGGGACUGGGUCGACGAGACGACCUGAUCCAUGAAACAAGCAACCUUGCUGAUAUCAUCCUCGGAGCUCUCGCAUUUCCGGCCAUCUCCGCUUCGAUGGGCGGGCUACUCAAAUAUGUCCUACCGAAGGCAUGGACCACGGCGCCGUCCGCGUUGGAGCGUAGUCGACCGGGACUUCUACAGACCCGAUGGGGCCGAAGUGUGGUCGGCGGCUGUGCCUUCGUUCUCCUCAAAGAUGUAUUGGUUCUGUACUGCCGAUGGAAACUGGCGCAAACUCACCGACGACGGAAGGUGCUGAACUACGAUAAAGCUAAGAGGCAAGUGGUGGGUAAACGGUGAAGUUAGUGGUCCGGGUCCGUCUUUCGGUAGCAGUGCUACUUACUCUUUUUAUGAUACUCAAUGUGACGAUGCAUGGCAAGGGCGUUUUGCAUGGGAUUUGGAUGAUACACUCUUUUAUCUGCAUAUUGGCUUCGUCUUUUGCCUCCAUUCUCAUGAU